UUGCUUCCGGGUUGCGCUCCCGGAAGUAGGAAGUUGUCGGCCCAUCCUCGCCCGGCGGCUGCUGUCCCCGAGGCGGGAGGAGCCCGAGGGGGCGCGGGCCCCGCAUGAAUCAUUGUAGUCAAUCACUUUCCAGUUCUCAGCCACUCAGUUGUGAUCGAGAGACACAUGGUUUUGGAACUGCCCGCUCAGAGUAGGAAGAUACUUGGGUGCAAAAAAAAUCAGUUCAGGGGGCUUAUUUCUGGACAAAUGAUCCCUCGGUCUUUCCCGUAGCAGGCUCCUAAGCAAUCCUCUAAGUCUAGUCAGUCACAUAUGAUACUGAGUGGGAUUUUAUAUUGGAAGACAUGGAUCUUGCUGCCAAUGAGCUCAGCAUUUAUGACAAACUUUCUGAGACUGUUGAUUUGGUGAGACAGACAGGCCAUCAAUGUGGCAUGUCAGAGAAGGCAAUUGAAAAAUUUAUCAGGCAGCUCCUGGAAAAGAAUGAGCCUCAGAGGGGACCACCCCAGUAUCCUCUCCUUAUAGCUGUGUAUAAGGUCCUCGUAACCUUGGGAUUAAUCUUGCUCACUGCCUACUUUGUGAUUCAACCUUUCAGCCCAUUAGCACCUGAACCUGUGCUUUCUGGAGCUCCCGCCUGGCGCUCACUCGUCCAUCACAUUCGGCUGAUGUCCUUGCCCAUUACCAAGAAGUACAUGCCAGAAAAUAAGGGAGUUCCUGUUCGUGGCGGUGGUGAGAACAGACCCUUUCCAGACUUUGACCCCUGGGGGAUAAACGACAGUGAGCAGAAUGAGUCAGAGGCUGUCCCUGCCAACUGCACUGGCUGUUCCGAGAAACUACCCCUGAAGGUAGUGCUCCUAGAAGAUGCCCCAAAGAAAUUUGAGAGACUCCAUCCUCUGGUGAUCAAGACGAGACAGCCCCUAUUGUCUGAGGAGAUUCAGCGCUUUCUGUGCCAGUACCCUGAGGUGACAGAAGGCUUCACAGAAGGGUUUUUCACCAAGUGGUGGCGUUGCUUUCCUGAAAGGUGGUUCCCAUUUCCUUACCCCUGGAGAAGACCCCUGAAUAGAUCACAAAUCUUACGUGAGCUUUUUCCUGUUUUCACUGACCUGCCAUUUCCAAAAGAUGCCUCUUUAAAGAAGUGCUUCCUUCUUCACCCAGAACCUAUUGUGGGGAGUAAGAUGCAUAAGAUGCAUGACCUGUUUACCAUUGGCAGCGGCGAAGCCAUGUUACAGCUGAUCCCUCCUUUCCAUUGCCGAAGACACUGCCAGUCUGUGGCCCUGCCAGUAGAGCCAGGGGAUGUUGGCUAUGCCCGCGCCACCCACUGGAAGGUCUACAUUAUAGCCAGAGGGGUCCAGCCCUUGGUCUUCUGCGACGGAACCACUCUCUCAGAACUAUAGGAAGCAGAACUUUAUUCGGGAACAAUUUGAGAGCUGAAAACCAGGUUGAAAGGGGGGCAAUAAAAACAAAAACGAUGAAACCGCUUUCUAGGGGUUGGCUACUUAGUUACCUGCCCUUUGCAUGCAUGAGCCAGCCGGCUGUGAACUGUGAGGCAGUGGCCAGGGCCAACCCCUGCUGACUCUUCCUGCAGGUGAUUCUGGAAGAAUUCUAGCCUGGCUACUUGGUUAGGACUUCGCCAGCACCCAUCUGUGAACAACUGAGCUCGUCCAGGCCUUUGGGCACUGCGACACUGAGGCUGCCCCUCAGGCAGGAAAGAGGGUGGGUGCCUUCCUUCACUGGCCUCGGCACGAGCUGCCCUGCUGGCUCCCUGGCAGCUGAGGGGCAGCCAGCUGGCUCUGACACGGCCAUCCUUCACCAGGUGAGCCUGUUCAUCCCUGUCUUCCUGGCCUCAUCACCCUGUACUUUUUUGGAAAGCCACAGCUGAUUGAAGAAAUCAUUGCAGUUUCUCGAGCAUGAUUGAAUCUAGAACCAGUGAAAAGUCAAAUAACCUUGAAUUGCAUGUGUUAUUUCUUUCCCAGUACCCAUGGCUCUUGGAAUCUCAGUGAUACCAGAGUAGAGUCUGAUUAUAAUUUGAAGUGGGAAUUCCUAAAGUAACAUUUUUCUCCAUUUUAUCAGGUUCGUAAACUCCCUGCCCCGUCCCUUGCCCAUCUGGAUGGUUUUUCAGAAUCUUGGCUCUAGUCGCCUCUGCCUUGGCUGGGCCAGAGCCCGUUACUGCUGAGGCAGCACUCACUGCUCCUGUCAGCUGCGUCGUCUUUAGCGAGCGUCUUCAGAGAGGAGUGAGUUAGAGUAGCUGGCCUGGGGAGAGGGUGCCUCCCUGGGUUUGAUCUUCAGAGUCUGAUUUUCUGCAGAGAAGAUGUUUUACAGAUGCGUCAAAGCUGAUGUUGUAAUGUGGUUGUGGGAGGAACUCCAGACCCAAAGGGUUUGCCAGCUGCAUGUGCAACUGACUGUGGUCCUCUGUCUGGAAAUGAUUUUUGUCUUUGUGCUGGGAAACAAGGUGAGGUAUUUUUAUUUUUUGCAAUAAUAUAAAGCUGUGUUCUUCUGAUUGGCUGAUUCACUAUGCUCAUUGUUCUCCCCCAAAUGUUUUUGGUAUGUAUUAAUCAAAUGGUAUAAAUAAGGACACUUGUCCCCUGUUUUCCUUUAUUAUUCCUUUAUUGACACUGUUAGAUACCUGGCCAUUGGUCAUGCCAUCACCAAGAUGAAGAAAAAAACCUCACUGUGGCCUCUGGCUCUGAAUUGCAGAAAUGAAAUGGAUACAGUAGGUGUCCUUGUCAGUCAUGGGGAGUUAGACAGUUGUGAGGGAAGGUGGUCGUGACCCUCUGUGGGGUCCUCUUCAUCGGUGGAGGAGCCUGCACCUCAUCUCCCAGGCCCUCUUUCUCACAGCAGCGGAAUCACCCAGCACCUGAAGCCUGUUUGUCUGUGAGCUUCUCAAGGACAAGCAGAGUUCCCAGAACUCAGGGUGGAAACACUCGGAGCCUCCUCCGUGGAAGGCUUGAAUGGAACUAGGAUGAACUGUACCUGAGGGAAUUUCUCCUUAAAAGAAUGAGGCCCAUGUGUGGUUUUAUACAGGAAAAACAAAACUUUUUGUACAUAUAAAAGUCAUGCUGCUAAGCAAUUGUGAUUUAAGAGGUUUUAAGUCAGAGGGAUCAUCUAGAGGCCAGCCCUGUGCAAGCUUUUAGAGCCUUCUGCGUGUCCCUACUCCUGCUGCACACGGGGAAGGAUGACACAGAAACAAAUUCUUCAGAGGACUCUCAGAGUUGUCUUCAAUUAGACCCUUCUAGUUAACAAAAGAGAGGCGUCCUUAGGAGCAAAACAACUGUGUCGACAAUUGAGAUCUCUGUUUUGUUUCUGUGAGUUGCCUUGUGUUCCUUCUCCAUUCCUCUCCAGCCCUUGACAAUCUUAAAUGUCCAUAAAAUACCCACUUCAGCACAAAACUUGAAAACUAAGGAACCCUUGCACGUAUUGGUAUUCUAAAGCAUCCCCUGGAAAGUCUCCUAAGCCCCCGAGCUGUUUUGUAGCUCAGCAAAGAAUGGUUAUAGCAGAAGAUAGUAGAGACUUUUGUGCAUAUACUACUCAUUUUACUUAAAAUCUAUCCAGUUCAGACUUGAAUAUAGAUUUGUAUUUUGGGAGAAAUUCUCCAAAGAGAGUUUUCUGCUCUUAGUUACCAGAAACAUAGCAGUAAUUCAUCUUCUUCUUAAGGUAAUUCUGAUAAGCAGAAUCUGCUACUGUCCGGUCCUACAGGAAGGGCUGGGGGAUGGGGAGCCAGUCCCUUUCUAGUUAUCCAAGGCUUGGUGCGGAACGCCGCAGGAUUACUCCUAUCCUUCUAGCUCUCAGCCUCUGGCAGAAAGUAGCAAAAGUCCCUCUGCAUGACCUGGUGUGGGAAAGAGCGUUGUUAAGAUGAGGCAGUGGGGUUGCGGGGCCGUGGUAGGAUCAUCUGACCAACUCCCCAUCUCCACCACUGCAAUACGAACAAAACCACAGCUCUGAAAAGCAGGACUUGUUCGUAAGUUUGUUGAGCAUUUACUAAGAGGUGACAUGGCAGUGACCUCCACACAUGGGUUAGCUUCACCUUCUUGUAGGUUCCUACCACAGAGGUGCAUAUGCCCAGAAGUCAGCUUUCUGGGGAGACAGAGAGGCAUUCUGGUGCCAGUUUGAAGCGUAUGUGUCCAAAUGUCCUCAGCUCUCCAGCAGCCAGACAUUGCAUGGACACCACGCCUAUUCUGGUGGAUGCAAAGAGGCAGAGCUUACCCUCACCUCCCCCUCAACUUUUUCAGGGAAGGGAGGAAGUAAAAUAACAGUGGUUUAUGAAAACAGAAAUACACUAUUUGGUGAAAGACAAAACAGUCAAUGAAAAGGGCAGAUUUGGCUCAUUUUGUGAGAGAAAGUAGUAACAUCUGUCUAGUCCAUUCUCACUUAACAAAGUGCCUGCUGUAUAUGAUCUCCUUUACUCUUCGCCCAAUCCUCUAAAGGAGCAUUAGAUCCUCAUUUUACAAGUAAAGCCAUGAAGGCUUGGGCGAGCCAACUGCUGGUGGGCGGGUGGGUGGCUCCAUGGCGCAUGUCCUCCUGCUGCGGCACGGCGUGGUGCCCGAGAAGAGAGCUGUGGGUGCCGUCGGCUCAGGUGUGCCCCAGCGGGGGGCCAGCAAGCCAGCAACUGCAGGGUUUGUUUUUAAAACUCUUCUGGACAGAAAUGGAGGAGGAAAGAAUCUAACCAUAUGACUUUUAUAAAAUUCCUUUCACUUUCUCCCUCCCCCUUUGAAAACUCUUUUUAAAAAUGAGUGAGUAUUGCUGGAAGACAACUGUGUCCAGCCAUUUUCCUGUCACCACGUUAUUCCAGAUGUGUAACCAAAGGAGGGAGUCACUCUAUCCAAUUCCAGUUGUGGGUCCCCUUGGAGUUUACAUCACUUGUUUUUCAGUUCUCAGCUUUCUAUUCUCUUCUCCCCAAAUCCAGCAUAGGCCUCAGUGUAGGAAAAAUUAUUGUAAAACAAAAUCUCAAACUCCUUAGCUGCAUGUGAUGUGCUUAAUCAUUUGAAUACGGUCUGGAAUGAGUGUGCUCGUUACCCAGUCGCUUCCUUCGUAAAUGUUCAAACCCCAGAGCAAACGUUUGCUUCUCAUCAUCUGUUUGUCCAGGAGAAGGCCGGGUUGUAGGCGAAAGGGAGGGAGGGCUGUGCUGUGUGUCUGUUUGCGUGGAGAGAGGUGAUUUUGUCUGCCUUUUGAGAAUCAGUUGUUAAACAGAGGGGUCUUUUAGGCUUUUGAGCUCUCUUAGCGAUGGAGGAAAUACUGUCCUGAGUACGCAAGUUCCACACUCACUGCCUUACAGUGGUGACCCCACUGGCUACUAGAAUUUGCGGGAGGCAGAAGGUGUCAGAGAUGUGCUUGAAAAUAGUAUUUUAGGUUGAGAUUCUCUCCAUGUUUGGACUGCAGGUGCUGUGCACAGAGCCGGGGCACGUCAGGGCAGAGGCCAGGACGGUGAAGGCACUUGCGGAGACAGCCCUGCGGCAAAUAGAAAAGGGGAGGCCCUGGGAGCGUGCCGUGUCACCAGCAGCAUGCAGACCCCUGUCGUGCCCACCCCCAGCCUCCAGAGAGCCUGUGGGUCCCCCCACAAAAGCAUGUCAGGGAGACGGACAGGUGCUCUCCCUCCCACGCGCACAUCCAAGUCCACCCACCUGGACGCAGCGUGACUCAGAGAGACCUCAGCCAGCUUGUCUGUUGUCCAGGUCCCUCAGUGUCUGGUUUCCCUGCCCUGCAUAAUUUAAGCAUUAGAGCUAAAUACAUCUGUCAUUUUCCUCUCCCUGGAGACCGUGAGAUGUCCAGACUUUUUCAGACUGGUGGAGAGGAGGAAUGUUACGAAACUAAGCGGAGGCCUGGAACGGUCGAGAUGUGGUGGGGCUGGACCAGAGGCCCUGGUGCCUGCGCCUGGUGUGUCAGGCAGGCAGCAGCCACCAAUCCCAGUGAGCCGUGGCCGCGAGCACCAUGCAGAGCGGGGAGCCCGGCUGGGUUUUGAGCCUCAGACGGAAACCGGGGAGUGGGGGGGUUGGGACAUCUGCUUUGUGCCAGGCUCCGUUCACCUCGUUCCGCAGUUCCUCACGGCAGCUCUGUGGGGCCGGUGUGGUCAUCCUGUGCAGCUGCCUUUACUCCCCGCUUAGCAGUGUCCCCAGCGCCCCAUGCUUCAAGCUGCAGCCCCUCCGAGCACUUUAGACCCUUUCAGGAACAAACUUGGUGACAGGAACCAACAGACACAUGGUGUCCAGUCUCAUCAUAGGCCACUUUCCCUCCACACUUUUUUCCACAGUUUUACCCUCAGAAAAAUGCUGGCUGUGAUUUUUUUCUCCUCCUUCCUCCCUCCCUGCUGAGGAAAGGCCAGCAACGGAUGCCGAGGGCCGGGGAGGAGGAGACACUGAGGCACACGUGAGCCGGGGACGGCCCUCACCGGGGCCGGAGCCGGCGGCAGCCGCAGUUCAUCUCCGGGGAACCAGGCUGUGGGGGCCUGGGUGGUCCCAGCGCAAGGGCUCGGAACGGUCUGAGCCAUGAGUGUGUAUGUGGAACAAGUACUUAAUGUGCUGCAAACUUGCAAAGAUUUCCACCAUGUAAAGAAUGUAUGUAAAUUAAAGUUUUAUGUAAUGAAAGUUUUUACUUUUUGCAAUUAAAAGUGUGUAUGUUGGUUGGUAAGAA